AUGGAAAAAUCCAAAAAUUUCCGCAUCGACGCGCUGCUGGCCGUGGACCCCCCCAAGGCCGCCGCGCAGAGCGCGCCGCUCGCGCUGGUCACCUCGCUGAGCAGCAGCAGCAGCAGCGGCAGCCGCAGCCCCCCGUCCUCCUCCUCCUCCUCCUCCUCCUCCUCGUCGUCGUCGGAGCCGGCGGCGGGCGCCGAGAGCCCCUCUCCGCCGCGCCUGCUGCACUGCGCGCUCGUGCCCAAGCCCGGCUUCCUGGGGGGCGCGGGCGGCGGCCCCCCCCCGCCCCCGGCGCCCUCGGCGGGGCUGGCGCUGGGGCUGCCGCCCGCGGGCCCCGCGGUGCCGCCCGCCGCCCUCUACGGGCACCCCGUGUACGGCUACCCCGCGCUGGCCGCGCAGCACCCCGCGCUCUCCUACCCGUACGCGCAGGUGCAGGGCGCGCACCCCGCGCACCCCGCGGCCGAGGCGGGCAAGCUGGGCGCGGGCACCUUCCAGCUGGACCAGUGGCUGCGCGCCUCGACGGCCGGCAUGAUCCUGCCCAAGAUGCCCGACUUCGGCUCCCAGGCGCAGUCCAACCUGCUGGGGAAGUGCCGGCGGCCCCGCACCGCCUUCACGAGCCAGCAGCUGCUCGAGCUCGAGCACCAGUUCAAGCUCAACAAGUACCUGUCGCGGCCCAAGCGCUUCGAGGUGGCCACGUCGCUCAUGCUCACGGAGACGCAGGUGAAGAUCUGGUUCCAGAACCGGCGCAUGAAGUGGAAGCGCAGCAAGAAGGCCAAGGAGCAGGCGGCGCAGGAGGCCGAGAAGCCGCCGAAGGGCGGCGAGGAGCAGGCGGCCGAGGGGCUGCUGCUGGCGGCGCCCGACAAGGGCGGCGCGCGGCGGCUGCGGGAGCUGCCCGACAGCGAGCCCGACGACGAGGAGGACGAGGAGGAGGAGGAGGAGGAGGAAGACGAGGCCACUCGCUGCUGCCCCUACCACUCCUCCGAGUGCUCCGAGCCGGACGAGGAGGACACGCAGCCCCGCGCCCCGCCGCCUGCGCAGCCCCAGUGA